AUGGGCAAGAAACGCACGGAGUGCGCCUACGUCAAAUCUGACAUCACUGCCGCAUGCCCAGCAACGAAGCGUGAACCUCUUGACUUUGACAGAAUAGGGGUUUUGCUAGAGGCUCAGUCCAAAACCGAGGUGCUUCCCCUUGGCGAGCUGAGCGAUUAUGAGAAGACGCGACUAGAGGAGGUUAAGACGCAGCUGAAGUCGGAGAUCGACAGCGGCCUGAAAUAUGCAGAGGAGAACAGCCUGGCAGACUGA